AUGGCGGGGGAAUUGGAGCGCCAGGAGGUGCCCAACGACGGCAUCCUGAGCUGGUAUGACCGCACUAGACCUAUGUGGAUCGACCUGGUUGGGGAUUACGCUGGAAAAGAACUCUUUCUGGUCGAAGGAGACUCAUUACUUCGAGAGUGUUUCGAGGACGAGAGAAUAGACUUCGCUGGUGGAUUUCAGAUAUUACAUGCGGUGUAUGUCGUCGAACGAUUUCUCGCAGACUUGAUCAAGAGACAUUGCCAGUUCCACAUUGCAUUCUUUGAAGAAAAUGCACAAUUGUGUAUCCCACCAGGUGUUCCAGCAGAAAAUGAAGCACGGUACCUUCUCGCCAGAUCAGUCAUCAAACGUCACUUGACCCGACAUCUCCCUUCUGAAUGUCCAAAUGUAGUUAUCAACACUUUCCCAGCUCUAGAGUCCGAAUCGUUCCAAGAAUACUUACAUUCAUCGCCAGUUCAUUUUGUCAUGGCACAUGAUGGAUCUCGAAGAGAGUCGAAGGCUGAAGUUACUGGGAACAACCGGAACGAGAAGGUAGCCAAAGGCUCUUUACGCACGAUCAUUUGGUGGUUCAACACACACAAGCUGAAUGUUGCGCUCAUCAACCGGAUUGAAUUCCGAGACUCGAAGGUCUUCACGAUGAUUGUUGAGAGUUUCACUGCCUCAAGCAAAUUGAAGCUAGCCAUGGCAGCAGACCUCGUCAAAGGGGCCCAAGCAGCCAAGACGUUGCUCAAGGGAUCGAGUGUGACCGAAGCCUUAGACGCAAAAUCAACGCUGGAGCCAUCAGUCGUGGCAAAGCUCAGUGAUGCUUUCUCAGAUGAAGAUUUGAGCGAAAGUUAUUUCCUUGCUAUUUACGGUGUCUCGAAGAUUCUUCGGCAGGGGGAUUCGGACAUUUUCAUGGCUUCUGCGUUCAUACUUCACAGCAUUGUCUUGAAGCAUAUUCCAUUGUCACAGAGAAGACUGCCAUUGGUCACGUUCGAUGAGGAGUUUGAAGAAGAAGUUGACGAGUACAUUACCAGAAUCUCGAAUAUUUUCAGGUUCGCUGUAGAAAGUCCAAAAUUGAACGAGUUGAUGGACGAGGAAGAAGUCGAGACAGAUGCCAUAGACUUGAUUGACGGCCGUUUGCUCCGAGCAGUGAUCCAAGCAAUGUGCGACAAGUCUUUUGACCGUGCUCUGCCCAAGCCACUCCAGGCAGAUUGGAAGGCUGUAUCGGCUCUGGUGAAGGAACUGGCAGGAGCCGAUCUGUCUUUAGAAGGAAGCGAGGAUCCCGAGUCUUCCGAAACUACGGCAACGCCAGACGACUUUCAAUCAACAUCCGAAGAUCUCGCAGUUUUGUCAUUCUCAAACCCUGUGUUUGACAAGCAUCUGGAGUGCAUUCAUGUCAAGGCAGAUGCAUCGCUCCCUGCUCGUCUUGGCGCUCUGAAGAUCUACCAUGAGACUUCUCACUGGCAUAAUCACCGAAAACCUCUAAAUCCAAAGUACGCCCCUGCAGCGAAGGUAUCAAAAUGGCGCAACCCUCUCCGUACAAACCAGUUCUACAUGAACGAGAUGACCUCAUACGCAGCCAGUCUGACAGGAGCCAAGGGCAAAGCGUUGGACGCUGAAACUAUUACAGUGGGACCGAAGGUGCUUGUCAAGAUUGCUGAGGAGAAACCCGAAAAGCCUUCUGCGAAGUCGAAGAAAGAGGAGCCGGAGCCUAAGGCGCUAAACAAGAAGGGCGCCGCGAAGAAGGGUACCAAGGCUGCAGCCGCGGGACUAUCGAAGAAAGACCAGAUGAUCGCAGAUAAUAAGGAGCGAAAGGGAGGGAACGAAGCAGAAAAGGCUCUCAAUGCCUGGACAACUGUUAUGAAGGGUAUUGAAGUCAUAUCAGAUGACCAAGAUCGGUACAUCAAGACCAUGGAGUAUCUCAACGGCCUGGACUCCGCGAAGUCGACUUAUCUCGAAGCGGAAGUCUACACGUAUAUUCUGCAGUCUUUGCUUACCUGGUGGUCAACAUAUUGCAAGGCAGAAAAGAAGCCGCAAGGAUACCACGUUGUGGCCCUCAUCUGGACUACAAUUCGGUCGUUGUGUACGUCGAAGGCACCAGUCUCGAAAGAAAUCGUCCAAAUCAUGACCAAGAUCUGCACUUUACUGGGCAUCACAGAUGCAUUGACAGGCUUCAACCCCACUCCAGUUGAUCGAAAGUUGUCCUUCAAUUUCAAAUUUCCGCUGCAGCAGAACCUGCGAAUUGUCGGGACCCAGGCAGAGUUUCAACUGAACUACUGUGGACCGUAUAUGGACCGUAUGCUCGAUGCCAAGCCUGACCCACGCGUGUCCAGUUUCGUCCCUGAUGGAUGGCAGAGAGACGUUCUUGAUCAGCUUGACUCGAAUAAGAGCGUCUUCGUUGUUGCUCCUACUUCCGCUGGAAAGACAUUCAUCAGUUUCUACGCAAUGGAGCAAGUCUUGAGAGCGGACAACGACAGUGUCCUUGUUUAUGUUGCACCAACUAAGGCAUUGGUGAAUCAAAUUGCUGCUGAAGUUCAAGGUCGAUUCUCCAAGAAAUUUCCUGUCCCUGGUAAGGGUGUGUGGGCAAUCCACACUCGUGACUACCGUGUCAAUAACUCUACCGGAUGCCAGAUUCUCGUCACUGUUCCACAUAUUCUCCAGAUCAUGCUGCUGUCUCCAUCCAACGCAAAAUCGUGGGCACCAAGAGUUCGUCGAAUCAUCUUUGAUGAAAUCCACUCCAUUGGAAAUGCCGAAGACGGUGUUGUCUGGGAGCAGCUUCUUCUGCUGGCUCCAUGUCCAAUUAUCGCCCUUUCAGCGACAGUCGGAAACCCAGGAGAGUUCAAUGAAUGGCUUACUGAAACACAAAAGGCUUCUGGAUCAGAGUUGAAGAUGAUUCAACAUGGUACUCGAUACUCCGAUCUGCGAAAAUACAUGUACGAUCCUCCCAAGAGUUUCAAGUUCUCUGGACUUGGCAAAUCUUUCGGCGUUGGGCUUGGUCUUGAUGGUUUGGUUGGAUUUAAUGCCUUCCAUCCCGUGGCCAGUCUUGUUGACAAAUCUCGUGGGAUGCCAGACGAUUUGGCUUUCGAACCUCGUGACUGCUUGACUUUGUGGAAAGCUAUGGUCAAAUUUCAAACUGCAGAUUACAAAGUGCCAGAAUCUUUGAAUCCAGAGAAGGCUCUUCCGCCCUGUGUCCGCAAAGCUGAUAUCUUUGCUUGGGAGAAGGCAUUGAAGAAAGUCUUGAUGCAGUGGAUGGCAGAUGGGAAUUCACCCUUCGACAAAGUUGUUCAAGUAUUGAGCAUUCCAGCUCCGAUCGAGGAGGCGGUAGAUCAAGUUCCAUCCUCCACCGCAUCGUCUAUCACGGAUAGUGACAAUUUCGAUACCCUAGACUUGAAGUGUACCACCCUACCGUUGCUUUAUCAACUACACAAGCGUCGCGCUCUCCCAGCCAUCCUCUUCAACUACGAUAGAAAUCAGUGUGAGGAGAUCGCAGAAUCAGUGUUGAAGCAGCUCGUCGACGCAGAAACGAAAUGGAAAGAGGGCCCAGCGUGGAAGAAGUUGAUGGAAGGUUACGAAAAGUACCAAGAGUUGAAGGACAAGAAGUCCAGAAAGCCUGCGAAGCCAGUAAAGAAGGCCAAGAAUGAUGACGAUGAGGGCGGAUCCAAGACCGAUCGAAUGCGUGAAGAGUCCUCGGACGGUGCGUCCAUCUAUGAUCUAUUCGAUCCUGAGGCACCACAGCCCGAAUUCUCCUUCGCCAACCCAAAGCAGCUUCAAAAGGCAGAGUUGGACGAAUAUGUGCGCUCUCUUCGUUGGAAGCACAUUCGAGAAGAGCUCAUUGACUUGCUGAAGAGAGGAAUCGGAGUUCAUCACGCUGGUAUGAACAGAAAGUACAGACAGUGUGUUGAGAUGCUGUUCCGCAAGGGUUUCUUGCGAGUUGUCAUCGCCACCGGAACUCUCAGUUUAGGUAUCAACAUGCCUUGUGCGACAGUUGUUUUCAGUGGAGACUCAGUGUUCUUGACUGCUUUGAAUUUCCGUCAAGCAGCCGGUAGAUCUGGUCGUCGUGGUUUCGAUCUCCUAGGUAAUGUUGUGUUCCAAGGUUUGUCCGAGGAGCGAGCUAGCCGUCUUUUGAGCUCCAGACUUCCCGAGAUGACAGGCCAUUUCCCGAUUACCACGACUCUUGUUCUUCGACUCUUCACUCUCUUGAACGAUUCCAAGAGCUCACCAUAUGCUGUCAAGGCCAUCAAUUCUCUUCUAUCACAGCCGCGAUUAUACAUGGGUGGACAGAGCUUCAAGGAGCAGGUUCUUCAUCACUUGCGAUUCUCUAUCGAGUACUUGCGUCGCAACGAGCUUUUGGGUCCAAAGGGAGAGCCAGUCAACUUUACGAGCUGUGUGUCUCAUCUGUACUUUACAGAGAACUCAAGUUUUGCUUUCCAUGCACUCCUGAAAGGCGGCUACUUCCACGUUCUGUGCGCCGACAUCGAUACCAAGACGGAUGUGGUUUUGCAGACAAUGAUUCUUGUGCUCAGUCACCUUUUCGGUCGUCGUGUAACUCGCGAAGUUGACGACCCCGAAGAAGCUGAGAAGAUCAAGCGUUCGCCCUCAAUUGUCUACCUUCCACCCAUGCCAGAAGAUGCCGCCACCAUUCUCCGAAAGCACAACAAGGACACACUUGACAUCUUCACGACCUACGUCAAGACCUUUGCUGCCCAGCACGUCAAGGACGAUGAGCGAUACUUGCCACUUACCCAUACACAUGUCGGUCUUGCACCUCCUCCUGUCAACGGAGCAAACGGAAAGGCAGUCGCCAAUGGCAAGACCAACGGCGUCAAGGCCGAGGAAUCUGUUGUUGGUUUCCUUCCAACCCUACCCACUCCUCAUGCUCGUUCAGCUUUCGUGGCUCUUUCUGGAUUAGGUGAUGACUUCACAACCAUCGAGGAUCUCUGUACUUCCACGCGCGAAGGCGUGUUCCUUGAAUCGGCUGUCAUUCCCCAUCUCGAGCUUCAUCCAGACGAGACACGAACUCCGUUGAAUGCGUAUCUGUUGGAUUUCUUUAUGCAUGGGUCUAUCGUUCCUCUCGAAGAGGCAAAUGGAAUUCGCAAGUCUGAUGUCUGGUUCGUCCUAAAUGACUUCUCCAUGGUCCUCGCAACCAUCGCCACAUCCCUCGCCCUCCAUCUCGGUCUCGGCAGCGACGCUGACCCCGAAAUGCUCGACGUGAUGGGCUCCGGUGAUGCCGCCGAGAACGACGAGGAUGCCGAAGUAGCCGCCGCAACAGUCGCCGAACCGACCGUCAACAAUGCGUACAACUCAGCACCCGCUCAGCCUACUUUCGUGAAGAAGAAGAAGGUCGUUGAUGAUUGGGAUGCGGGAGAGGAUGCGCUUGUUGCUGAGGAGGAGUACCUCAAGGGCGAGGGCCUGAAUGGGACAGGUGCGACGGACGAUGAAGAGUAUGAUAAAUUGAUGAAUGUCUACAAGGCGUUCAGAAAGUUGAAAACUGAGUUUGAUGAGAAGUUCAGAGUCAUCUGGGCAUAG